AUGGAUGGAAAUAAUUUACAAGAAAUUGAAGAGAAAUUAGACUUUUUUAUGGCAACUUGGGAGGAUGGUAUACGAACAAUUCAAUAUGAAUCUGGAAGAUAUACACGGUCACGCAUUAAAUCACAUGUUGAUCUCAUAAAAUUGCACAGUUCUCAAACGAAUUUCAUAAAGAAAGAAAUGAUACAAAAAGAGGGCGAAAAAGAGAAAUAUAAAAUAUAUGGAAUAACUCAGGAUGUUGAAACUAUGCAAUACAUGAUUAAGGAAGAAAUUAAUGAGAAAGGAAUUAAAGAGGAAGAAAUUAAAGAGGAAGGAAUUAAUGGAAUUGAUGAGAAAGAAAUUAAAGAAGAAAUUAAAGAGAAGGAAAUUGAGGAGGAAUUAGAUUUCUUUAUGGCAAUUUGGGAAGAUGGUAUACAAACAAUUGAAAAAGAAUCUGAAGGAUAUAAACGAUCACGCAUUACUAAGUCAUGUGUUGAUCUCAUAAAAUUGCAUAAUUCUUCGAAUGACAUAAAGAAAGAUCUAAAAAUAAAAGAGGAAUUCACUGAUGCUGAUAAUAUAAUCAAAAAAAUAACACUAGAACCUUUACCAGAGCAAGAUAAAUAUCGCAAGAAUCUUAAAG